CCUGUGCACCCAAAUCGAGCGCUUGGAACUACGUUACCCAGAAUGCUCUGUAACGAAUAGGAAGAUGUUUAGCCAAUGAACAUGAGGCUUUUCUGACUGGGGAACGUGAAAUCAGGAUCAAGAUUACGCAAGUGGAAAAGCAAGGACGUGGCGACAUUGGGUUGUCCACAGUGCACCGCACUUUUUCCGAGGGACAUUUGAGGUGACGGCCUUUUCCUGAUACUUAUAGCCUCUGAGCAGCAUGGCGGCCUCUGCGGGGAAGGAUCUGCCUCAGGGCCGUGCAGUCUUUGAAGAUGUGGCCAUUUCCUUCUCCCAGGAGGAAUGGGAGUUCCUUAAUGCAGUUCAGAGGCACCUGUACCUCCAUGUGAUGCUGGAGAACUUCGCACUUGUAACCUCUGUAGGUUGUGCACAUAGAGUAGAUGAUAAGGAGGCAUGGAUGCACACUGUUUUUCUGGAAGAAGUGUCACACUUGAGGACUCCAAAUGCAGGUCCCUCCACCCAGAAGAUUCACCCCUGUGACAUCUGUGCCUUUGUCUUGAAAGACAUUUUGCACCUGGCUGCUCCACUUGUGCAGAAGCUAUACAUGAUUAGAGAAUGUGCAUGCCUAGCCCAGAAGCAUCACACUGCAGAGAAUCCCUUGAAGUGGGACAUGGACAGGACUUCAUUUGAGAAGAGCUGUGAAUUAUUUGUGUCCGGGAAAUGGUUCAAUUUUAAAGACCUUUGGAAAGAUUUCCCAGCUCUUUUUGGCCUUCCAAAACCCCACGUCAUUUGUAAUGGUGAGAGGACAAAUGAUGCUGAAUUAGAGGAGACCUUUAACAAUGGAAAAAGUUAUUCCAGGUUGGUUAACAGAAGCAAGGCUUCCAGCCAUAAAAAUGUGGCUUAUGAUAACCUGAGAAUCCACAGUGGAAAAAAGCUUUAUGAGAAUAGGAAGCCUGAGAAAAACUUCCAUGAUGUCAACUCACUUGGUCAGCACCAGAGAGUUCACAUUGAAGACAGGCCUUAUGAGUGUAGAGAAUGUAGAAAACCCAUGAAAGAAAGAAAGGCCCUUAUUAUACACCCAAGAGAUCAUACUGGAGAAAGGCCUUAUGAGUGUAGAGAUUGUGGGAAAUCGUUUAAGGAAAGACAUGCUAUUGUUAUACACAAGAGAGUCCACAGUGGAGAAAGGCCUUAUGAGUGUAGAGUAUGUAGGAAAUCUUUUAAGUACAUAAGUGAUACAACUAAACACCCGAAAAUCCACACUGGAGAAAGGACUUAUGAGUGUAAAGUAUGUGAGAAAUCCUUUAAGCGAGGACGUGACCUUACUGAACACCAGAGAGUCCACAGUGGAGAAAGGCCUUAUGAAUGUAGAGAAUGUGGAAAAUCCUUUAAGGGAAGAUCUGUUCUUACAAGACAUCAGAGAGUUCACUCUGCAGAAAGGCCUUAUGUGUGUACAGAAUGUGGAAAAUCAUUUAAGCACAUAAGUGUUAUAACUGUACACCAGAAAGUUCACACUGGAGAAAGGCCUUAUGAGUGCAGAGAAUGUAAGAAAUCCUUUAAACGAUUAAGUGAACUUACUGAGCACCAAAGAGUCCACAGUGGAGAAAGGCCUUAUAAAUGUAGAGAAUGUGGAAAAUCCUUUAAGGGAAGAUCUGCUCUUACAAGUCAUCAGAAAGCUCACUCUGGAGAAAGGCCUUGUAAGUGUAGAGAAUGUGGAAAAUCCUUCCUGGAAAUAGGUACCCUUUUGGUACACCUGAGAGUACACACAGGCACAGGUUUAUUGACUGUGGACAAUGAGGAAAAUUCUUCAAACAAGGUCACUUAAUUUACACUAGAAAGUCCAAGUGGACAAAGGGCUAAUGAAGAAUAUGGGAACGUGUUUGAGCACACAUUUAGUCUUACUCAUCAGAAUAAUCUCUCAGUGAGGAAAACUCUACUAUGAUUUUGAGUUGUGCACAUGUAUUUUGAAAAGGAGCUUGAAUUGUUUUUCCCAACUCAGACUCGAGCAAUCUUCUGCACAGUUCACUUGUCACCAACUGGCAAGAUUUUACUGAAUAUGGUUUUGUGGUGAUUUUGGCAGAUUUUAUGGCUGCUCAUGGAUAAUAGUACCAUGAAAUGGCUCGUUGUGUUACUGAUCACCAGAAGAUUCACAAUGAAGAAAGACCUUUUGAGUAUAAAGAAUGUGGGCAAUACUUUCAUCGAAGAUAUGCCCUUACUGUAUACCAGAGAGGCCAUACUGCAGAAAGGCCUUAGAAGUUUGUGUAUUUGGUGAGCAUUAUAAGAGUUGUUCUUCAGGUUCUGGACUCUGCAAGGCCUUGACCAGAAGGAAAUCAUUUCUGCACUAUUUUAGAGAUGCCAUUUGCUUCUACCACCAUGAACUUCAGGGGAAAAAACAAAACAUAACAAAAAACUACCAUGACAUGCUAAGGCAAGGAAGAUAUGCGUGCUUCUGUUGCAAAUUCUGUGGGCAACUUUAUUUGGUUUGCUGUGUGAUCUUGCCAUGUAACAAUACCUGUAUGACCAAAUGUACUCAGUUCUGAUUAGCUAGAGGUUUGCAAGGAAGGCUUAGCUUCUUGGACGAUUUUGGUGUCUUAUGAUACUUGUAGUUGGUAUUUUUACCAUCAAGUCUCUAAUUGGUAACUGUCUGCCUGAGAUUGCUAGGGUUUGUGCAGUAAUAAAGGCAUUAUUUUUUUGCAUCUGCGUUUAGUCUUGCUUGUUCUGUUAUCUGAAAUAGGUCACAUUACAUAGAAUUCCAUCUCUGUGUAUGUGAGAUGAUGGAGAGUUGUUUGGAACCCUCAAUUCUUUGUACCUCAGUAGGCAGUGUGUAAUGGCUGAUGAUAGUUUCUGAGAGAGGUUUGGUUAAUGUGGAUGACUGCCAAAGACCACUCAUAAAAUAAAAGGACACUUUCUACUCCUGUUUUGUGACCUGGAAGCUUCCAUAUUUUAUGAGGUUAUAGUUCAUCUGAGGAGUGGUCACUUUUUAGGUCAGCAUUUAUUGUGUCUGAAUAAUAUGA